AUGUCUCUCUCCGCCUCAGCCCCCGCCCUCCUCCUCUCCCUCCCUCUCCUCCUCCUCCUCCUCCUCCUCCCCGCCCUCUCUCAGGCGGAGUCUCAGCGCAGUGACCCCAGCAGUGACCCCGGCCUGCGGAGCGUCUCCCCCUCCAUGUUCCCCUCCGUCUUCCCCUCCUCCCCGCCCUACAGCCUCAGUAACUCGUCCAGUAAGAGGAACAAGUGUGAGGAGGUGCCCACCUGUAAACCCGGGAUCCUGCUGCCCGUCUGGCGUCCAAACCGACCCGGACUCGGGGACCAGGUGGCCCGGGCUGUGGUCUACUUUGUGUCCCUCAUGUACAUGUUCCUGGGCGUGUCCAUCAUCGCAGACCGCUUCAUGGCGUCCAUCGAGGUCAUCACGUCACAGGUAAGGACCCGAACCAUCGCCUGACCGGUUCUGAUUCUGACCCUCACUGCUGUAAAACCCAGAAUUAUCCCGCCGUAUAUUCAGCCUUUCUCCGAUAAAGACCGGACAGCUGAAGGUCACGGAAACACCUUCGUCCGACUAUAAUCGGAGUUUGAGAACUCGGAGAACUCCGAUAGUCGGAGAACUCCGAUUAAGACGCCCAGAUAAUUCGAUUUUCUCUACCAUGUCACCAGCGUAGUCGGAGUAUGAUCGGAUAAUACAUGUGUUUGUGUGUGUGUGUGUGUGUGUGUGUGUGCCACGCCCCUGUAACCUUCUCAGCUGCAUGUUUACGCAGACAAGGUGAGACGUCCGAGUCAGCGAAAAAAAGAUGAUUAAACUGAGACUGUAAACGAGUGACUCUUGAUUUAGACUUCUCAUGUCUCCAUGUUUCAGAGGCUGUUAAAGACUCCACACACACACACACACACACACACACACACACACACACACACACACACACACACACACACACACACACACACACACACACACACACACACACUCUGGACUCAUCUGGUUCUUAGAUUGAUACAAAUGACACGAUUAUCUUUCUAAUGACUUUAAUUCCUCUGAUCGUCUCCAGUAACUCGGCGCUCUGAGCAGCGAUCUCAUUCGCCCAAUAAACUCUGUGUGUGUGUGUGUGUGUGUGUGUGUGUGUGUGUGUGUGUGUGUGUGUGUGUUGUGUUUUCUGGUCAACAGGAAAAGGAAGUGACGAUCACGAUGCCUAACGGGGAGACAUCUGUGGCGACGGUUCGGAUCUGGAAUGAGACGGUGUCCAAUCUGACGCUGAUGGCUCUGGGCUCGAGCGCUCCGGAGAUCCUGCUGUCUGUGAUCGAGGUGAACACACACACACACACACACACACACACACACACACACACACACACACACACACACACACACACACACACACACACACACACACACACACACACACACACACACACACACACACACACACACAGUCAUCUUUGUCGUUACUAAGGUUACUCUCUUUUUCCUGCAGGUGUGUGGUCAUGAGUUUAAGGCGGGCGACCUCGGACCCGGUACCAUCGUGGGCAGCGCCGCCUUCAACAUGUUUGUGAUCAUCGGGAUCUGCGUUUGGACCAUCCCCAAGGGAGAGAGCCGGAAAAUCAAACACCUCAGGGUGUUCUUCAUCACCGCCUUCUGGAGCAUCUUCGCCUACAUCUGGCUCUACCUCAUCCUGUCCGUCAUGACGCCCGGCGUGGUGGAGGUGAGACUGACUCCGAGGGUCCGCGGGUCUGAUACCGAGGGGUCCUUCUGUGUGCAGAGUCAGCACAAACUGAAGACCAGGCUGAUCUGAAGAAAAGGUCCAGAACAGACCUAAACCAGAACCUCGCAUAGCUCCUCCCCCUCAGGGUUUCAGGCUCCGCCCCCAGGGUUUCAGGAUCCGCCCCUCCCUCUCUCGAGAGGGAGGGGCGGAGAGCCGCCCCUAAACUGACAGCAGCGAGAACUUCAGGUUCUGCCGACCCUUCCCCAGUCCAGCUCCUACUAUUUAUGCCGUGUCUGGUUUUACCAGGAUCUCUGCCGCUGUUCUCCCCCAUUCAACAGUCUGACGGUCACAUUUCCCCGUUACUGUCCGUCAGUGAACAACUUAAUAAUAAUGACAAUAAUAAUAAUAAUAAUAAUAAUAAUAAUAAUAAUAAUAAUAAUAAUAAUAAUAAUAAUAAUAAUUAUGACAAUAAUAAUCAUCAUCAUAAUAUAAUGAAUAAUCAUUAUAAUAAUGAUAAUAAUAAGAAUAAUGACAAUAAUACUAAUAAUAAUAACAAUAAUAAUAAUAACAAUAAUAAUAAUAAUAAAUGAAUAAUAAUAAUAACUUUAUUUUUAUAUCACUUUUAAAAACUGAAGUUUACAAAGUUCUUUGAUAAACGUGGUAAAUCUCAGAACAUCAGGAAUUACAAACAAAUAAAAACUAAAGUUCAGUUAAAAACGACAUUUUCAUUCGUCAUAAUAAACCAGACAAAAGAAGAACCUACAACAUAAACUGAGACCAAAAUACAAACAUAAAACAGGUCAGAAGAAGAAGAAAUGUAAAAAGACGAUAUUAAUAAUGAUAAUAAAAUAAUAAUGAUGGUAAAAGUAAUGAUAAAAUGAAAUAACAGAAAUGAGCAGAAAAAAUCAAUAAAAUCAAUAAAAUCAAUAAAAUCAAUACAAGGUUAAAUUAGAAAAGAUAAUAAAUAAAACGAAGACAGUUCAGCUGAAAUAAGAUCAAAAACAAACCCUGACCCUGUCUUCUGUCCCUCAGGUGUGGGAGGCCCUGGUGACUCUGCUCUACUUCCCCGUGUGCGUCAUCUUGGCGUGGAUCGCCGAUCGCCGUCUGCUCUUCUACAAGUACAUGGGCAAGCGUUACCGUGCCGACAAGCGCCACGGAAUUGUGGUGGAGACAGAGGGAGACUUGACGCCCAACAAGGGCGGCAUGGAAAUGAUCAUGGACGGGAAAAUCCCGCCACGAGGGGGCGCCGUGGUCCCUGCUGAGAACUGUGGGGGCGGACCUCAGGACGGAGCGGCGGGUACGGCGGCCAAUAACACGGGAGGAGGAAACCUGCCGAACUCCAACAGCGCCAUGGUCAACAUGGAGAGCAGCAAGGAGCUGGACGAGAGCCGCAAAGAGGUGUGUGUGUGUUCGGUGUGCGUGUGUGUGUGCGUGUGUGUGUGUUUUGGGGGGUUUGGUUUGGUCCAGGUUCAGGUUUUAGUCUGAUCCUCUUCGUCCUCCAGGUGAUCCGGAUCCUGAAGGAGCUGAAGCAGAAAUAUCCUGAUAAAGAACUGGACCAGCUGGUGGAGCUCGCCAACUACUACGCCCUGCUGCACCAACAGAAGAGCCGCGCCUUCUACCGCAUACAGGUGACACACACACACACACACACACACACAUCUAAACACUCACACGUGCACGUGCACACACACACACACACACACACAUCUAAACACUCACACAUGCACGUGCAAACACACACACUUCUGUUUCCAGGCCUGAUCAAAGACUUUCAAGGACCCUUUUUGAUCGGAUUCUUUCUGCUGUUUUUUGAAGUUCAAACUGAAACUGUUCAACUCUUCCUCUUCUUCUUCUUCUUCUUCUUCUUCUUCUCCUCCUUCUUCUUCUUCUUCUUCUCCUCCUUCUUCCUCUUCUUCUUCUUCUUCCUCUUCUUCUUCUUCCUCUUCUUCUUCUUCUCUUCUUCUUCUUCUUUUUCUUCUUCUUCUUCUUCUUCUUCUUCUUCUUCUUCUUCUUCUUCUUCUUCUUCUUCUUCUUCUUCUUCUUCUUCUUCUUCUUCUUCUUCUUCUUCUUCUUCUUCGAGUGUUCAGAGACUUGAAACAUCACGUCGAUCAUCUUCUGUCAGAAAUUCGUGGAUAAGCUGGGUUCUGUCUGGUUCUGGUCAUGAUGGCGUGAUGACAUCACUGUAUGGAUGCACUCUCAGCUCGCUUGUCUUUUUGUCCUUUAAGGCGACCCGUAUGAUGAUCGGGGCCGGUAACGUCCUGAAGAAACACGCUGCCGACCACGCUCGCCGUACAGCCGUCACAGACGAGGAGGUUCCAGAGGAAGAUGACCUGGCGGUCUGCAGCCACAUCUCGUUUGAGAGCGCCCACAGUCAGUGCAUGGAGAACUGCGGCGUCCUGACGCUGACCGUGACCUGCCAAGGUAGAGAACGGCGGAGGAUCAUACUGAGUUUGAUUUCUGUGAACCGUCACUCUUCCUGUUAACCUGAACGGUUUCAUCCUCACAAACAUUCGCCGACUUUCAUCCCGACAAAAAAUCACAGCUGACAAACUUCAGACUGAGCGACCGAUUUUUACCGUCCAGAAAAACCGUCAAAGAGGCGAUAAAAAAAACACUGAGAUAGAAAGAAAAGUUCUCUGAGUCGUUCUCACCGAACUCAUGGACCCAAAACCGGGUCAGACGGAAUAUAUCCAACCUGAAACUAACUUCACCGCCGUAUUUACAGGAAAAUAUAUCCAACCUGAAACUAACUUCACCGCCGUAUUUACAGGAAAAUAUAUCCAACCUGAAACUAACUUCACCGCCGUAUUUACAGGAAAAUAUAUCCAACCUGAAACUAACUUCACCGCCGUAUUUACAGGAAAAUAUAUCCAACCUAAAACUAACUUCACCGCCGUAUUUACAGGAAAAUAUAUCCAACCUGAAACUAACUUCAUCGCCGUAUUUACAGGAAAAUAUAUCCAACCUAAAACUAACUUCACCGCCGUAUUUACAGGAAAAUAUAUCCAACCUGAAACUAACUUCACCGCCGUAUUUACAGGAAAAUAUAUCCAACCUAAAACUAACUUCACCGCCGUAUUUACAGGAAAAUAUAUCCAACCUGAAACUAACUUCAUCGCCGUAUUUACAGGAAAAUAUAUCCAACCUAAAACUAACUUCACCGCCGUGUUUACAGGAAAAAAAACGUUUGUUGAUUUUUUAAUUUGCACAUGUGACCCUAAAUACAGUUUAUAAUUCACACAUCUAUCUUUAGUCACAAAUGUCAGUGAAAUGGUCGCACUGUCGAGACCUGCUGUGUCACGGCGAGGCGUCUCACAGUGACACUUCCCGGAAAAAAGCCAACAUCUCACUUUUGUUCUUUUGUUCAGAGGAGAUGUUGAUUUGUUCUGUGAUAGAUACGAUGUAAAUAGAGAGACGUCUCAGAGUAGAUCCAUGGAGACAGAACAGUUCUUCAGUUUUAUCAGAACUUUGUUUCAGAUGAACUUCAGACAGUUUGAGUUUCCUUCCAUCGUCACUGAAGCCGAUCUCUGACAGGUGAGGAUGUGAAGCUCUCUGUGAAGGAUCUCUCCUCAUGAAGCUUCAUCUCCACCUUCUCGGUGCAGAUCUGCUCAGUCUUCAGUUUGAACCACGAACUUUAAUAAAGACACGAAAACUGUUGGACUUUGGUCCGAGUUCAGGAGAAAUCGCAGAUUUAGUCGAGUUCUGCUGAGGGGGAUCGGUCUGUGAGAACAGAGAAAGUGAGAUCCACGUUCAAGUGUUGAGACCUUUUGCUGUUCCAGGUCUUCUUGGUUCAGACAUGAACGUCUCUGAUGUACUAAUGAUGUCCUCUGGUCCUGUUUAGGGGGUCUUGGAGAGAACACCUUCUAUGUGGACUACAGGACGGAGGACGGUUCAGCCAACGCCGGUUCUGAUUACGAGUACUGCGAGGGAACGCUGGUCUUCAAACCCGGAGAGACUCAGAGAGAGAUAAAGGUGGGUCAACGGGACUGAGGGAGAACCAACUGGACCUGGAUCCUGGGGUCAUCUCAGAGAACUGCAGAGAGGGGACACAGACCUAAGACCUCAGACCUCAGACCUCAGACCCCAGACUCCAUACCUCAGACCCCAGACCACGGGCAGAACUUAGUAGGACCCUGGACAAACCAGAAGCAGGCAUCAGGCGGACCUUAGGCAGACCAUGGGAAGACAAGAGGAAGACAAGACGUCUACAGACCAGAUUUAACACAGACGUCUACAGACCAGAUUUAACACAGACGUCUACAGACCAGAUUUAACACAGACGUCUACAGACCAGAUUUAACACAGACGUCUACAGACCAGAUUUAACACAGACGUCUACAGACCAGAUUUAACACAGACGUCUACAGACCAGAUUGAUCUGUCUUUCUUUCUUUCUCGGCGUCUCCAGGUCGGGAUCAUCGAUGACGACAUCUUUGAGGAGGACGAGCACUUCUUUGUGCGUUUGAUGAAUCUGCGUGUUGGUGACGCAGAGGGAAUGUUUGAGAGCGAUGAAGUUGGUGCCGCCCCCAAGGCCCGCUUGGUUGAACCCAUGGUUGCCACAGUUACCAUCCUGGAUGACGACCACGCCGGUAUCUUCACAUUCAGUGAGCGCAUGGUGAGAGUGAGCGAGAGCGUGGGCACCAUGGAGGUGACGGUGGUGAGGAACUCAGGGGCCCGUGGAACCGUCAUCUUGCCGUACCACACCGAGUCCGGCACCGCCAAGUCCGGAGAGGACUACGAGGACACCGGGGGGGAGCUGGAGUUCACCAACGACCAGACCACGUGAGUCAGACCACGAGUUUGUGCGAGAGUUCGCUACGAGGAGAUCAGAGGGUUCCAGUCUGCUGUAGAAAAAAAUAAAAACAGUUUCUAAACGGAUAAAACGACGGUGAUAAAGUCGAACCUGCAGCAGCUGUAGAUGUUUUUCUCAGUGAUGAGGGAAACCAAAGCAGUAAAGGUCGAUGAUGAUCACGCCAUCAAACUCCUUUUAACAGCAUCAAGUCUUCAUGUGAACCAAACCUCUUUUAGAAAUGAGCAGUUGGACAGAGGCCGCGGUGGAGGCGGUCUUUGGAGUUUGACGCCUUUGAAGCUCUGCAUGACCAUGACCUGUCGAUGACCUUUACUUCUUAACUGGCUCAUCAGAAAGUGUUUCUGAACAUAAUGCAGUUUGUUGGUUGAAAUCCUCUUUCUUUGUCUUUGUGUGCACGCUCGUGUGGACGUCUGUGUGUUUGCAGUCAGACCUUUCAGGUGAGGAUCAUCGAUGAUGAAGAGUACGAAAAACACGAGAACUUCUUCAUCGUGUUGGAGGAGCCUCGAUGGCUGAAGAGAGGAAUCUCAGGUAAGUUCAGAGUCUGUUUCCAUGAGUGAAGGAACUUCUAGAUAUGAUUACUCAGGAGGUUUUUGGAGCGUCAGACAUUCACAUUUCGUUAGGAACCGAAACACUGAAAGAAAAGCAGAAAUAAAAGAGGAACACACCGACAGAGAGAGGGAGGAAGAUUAUCAGUUAGUGAGGAUGAGGGUGAGAGAGGAACACACAUCAACCUUAUUUCUGUGUUUGUACUUUGAUCUGAACCAAGAGUUUGACCUGCUGUACAAUAAUUUAAACCAAACUGCUGAACUGAACGAGUUUUAACCGUUUUUUCCUGUUUUCUUUACAGCUCUGCUGCUCAACCAAGGUAAGACCUUCUCACAAGUUUUUAGACAUGACAACAACCACUGCUUGGAUUUAGUUUAAAUCAACCAAUCAGCCAACCUACCAACCAACCAACCAAUCAGCCAACCAACCAACCAACCAACCAACCAACCAAUCAAUCAAUCUACCUACUAACCAA